AAAAAAACUAAACUUUUUCACGUUCAUGGUCAGUGGAGUUUCAAUCUCCCUCUUUUUAGUAUGAACAGAGUGUAGUUUAACACUAUUCUGCAUUUUCACACUGUCUGAAUGCAUUCUCUUGAGUUUAAAAGCCAUUGGAGCAGGUCAAGGAUUCGAUGUUUCUGUCAGAACACAUUUAAAAAAAAUGUGUCAAAACUGUCAAGAACUCUUAAAGUAUCCUGAGCAGCUUUAAUACGAAAAGAACACAUGAUUAAAAUGUGACGUGUGAUUUCACUUAAGUGAAUGUUCAAAUAUCUAACAAACGUAAUAAUUAUGAAAGUUGAAAGUCAUUUUUUUAGAUGUUAGACUUCUGCAAGAUAGUGGUGAAAAGAGUUGAUUAUAAUGUCGUAUUAGCUGUAAUUACAGUGCGUCCAUUAAGCCAGGAUUUCUCAAUCCUGAUCCUGGGAUCACACUGACCUUCAUGUUUUACAUGUUUCCCUGCUCCAGCACACCUGAUUCAAAUGAGCUGAUGAUUAGAAUCAGGUGUGCUGGAGCAGAGAAACAUCUCAAAUAUAGCUUAAAAAUGAUGCACGUAAGGUAUCGCGAUAUCUAAUGGAUGGAUAAAAUAAUUAUAAUAAAGGCAAUCGAAAAAGAGUAAGGAAUAGAAAGCGGGACGGAAUUGUAAAAGGUAAUCGCUGGGUUGGAUCAUGACGACUGACAAUCACACCGGCCCAAAUCCUCCGUCAGUCUGUGACCGAGGACGUCUGUGAUGAAGCGUGAGAGCAGACACAGACCGUAGAGGUGCAGGGGUCGCAUGUUUCUUUCAUCUUCAUCUCACUCGCUUGAUGAGAGUACAGAGCGAGAAGUAAGAAGCUGAGGCGCCCGAGCCCUUUCCUUUUCAACUCCCCGUGUGAUGGCGUUCCUGCAGCAGAUGCGAUCCCCUCGCCUCUCUUUCAUCCAGACAGUCGGGUCCCUCUUCCUGGGCGGCUUGGCCCUCAUGUCCUCCCACUGGUGUGUGGGCAAACAAAAGGUGCCCAAGCCUCUGUGUUCGCCCACCAAGCACAGCAACUGCAUCCCCGUUCCCGGCGUCUCCAACUCCUCCAGCAUCAUGUUCUCCUGGGAGACGGGCGACGACCGCUUCGUCUUCCCAACGUUUCACACUGGCCUCUUUGUCACCUGUGAGGAAAACAUCUACACGGACAUGUGGGAGGAGAAGUGUCGAGGGUUUUACACUUUGACUCCUGGAUCUGAAAAAGCGAUGAUGUGGCUGUCGCUGUCCUUGGAGCUCAUGUACGUUGGUCUGCUGCUAAUCAGCUGCACGCUGCUGUCUGUGCAGUUGUGCAUCAGGGCCUGGUUUCCCUCCACACAGCGCUGGGGUCAGCUCCUCAACGCGUUCGCUGCCGUCUUCACGGUCCUGGGAGGUCUGCUCGGCAUGGUGGGUCACAUGAUGUUCAUGCAGGUGUUUCAAACUACUGUCUCCAUGGGACCGGAAGAUUUCAAACCUCACAGCUACGGCUACUCCUGGGCAUUUUACGUGGCGUGGUUGGCCUUCACCGUCUGCAUGUCCGCCGGCGUCUCCACUCUGAACAACUACACCAAGAAGGUGUUGAUGGUGGGACCGAGGCGUAACUCCGGCCUCAACACCUGCAGCUUUAACAUCGUGGGGCUCCUGCCGCCAGCUCCAUACUACACCCCCCCAAACACAGCCAUCACCCUGGCGCAUCCCCCGUCUCCCCCACGGAUCUCCCACCUGUCUCCCUACUAUGAGCCCCCACCGGCAAAGGUACCGCGCUCCAUUCCGAGGCUCACACACUCACAUUCUCUGCCUCUCCCCGACUCUGACGUCUUCCCUCCUCCCCCCUCCCAUCCAGCUCCCGCGUCCCCGCACCACCGCCUGUCCCUUCCCUCUCCGUCCGCUUCACCCACGCCAUCCAUCUCUGUCCACGUGAGGCCUCUGGGACACCAGGAGAACCAGUAUGACUCAGAGGAGGACUACAGCCCACUUUGAACGAGGUUCCCAUCCACGCCGAGGUUCAGGUCAAUGUUUGUGACGGUCUUGUCACGAGUUUUCAUUUUCACUCUGUUCCAGUGAAGAAAUGCAAUAUAGAUGCAGAGAUACGUGCUCCACAGAGCGAUCACGCAACCUAUAAGCUCAAACAUGACAAUGUAGUGAUAGUACGCUAAUCAUUUUGUAAUGUUAUGGCAAUACCAUUUUAGCUCCAAUGCAGUUUCCAGCUCGAGGAGAUAAUACAUGAAUACAGUAAUGUUAUUUCCACAGCAAUAUCCAGGUAAAGAGAUUUACUAUAGCCUACAGUUCACAUGAAAAUAUCUGACAAUUCUAAUGAAUUCUGACUAUAUUAUAAAGUUUAAAGUCACCCUCACACAUUUUCUAAUUAUAACUAGAUGAUUACUUUAGAAAACAUAUGGUUUUGCUCUCAUUUUCAGCCCCACUGUAUUGCACUAUAUGAUGAUAUCAUAUUCAUUUAAAGUACAUCUAUUAUUUCCCAUUUCUUAAACUUAAUGUCUUGCACAUGUGAAUGUAAUAUUACGUUCAAAAAUCUUAAAGCAAAUAAGUUAGAGUCUGUUUUUAAAUGGUUUAAAAUGAAUUAAUGAUACUAAUAAUGAGCAUGAUGAGUAAAGACUCCACUAAUGUGUGUCUCUACUUUGUUAUAUUCAUUCAUGCCGGAGAAGCAACGGGCAAAGAUGAUCAAAGAACGCUGUAAUAUAUAAUAUAAAACAUUAUUGGACAAACUUUUGUAAUCCUUUAUAUUUACUGUAUGCGGAUUCGAUGUGAUCACCAGACUCGGCAAAGGAAAAAGAAAGAAACUGUUGCUUUGUUGACUGGUUAAAAAUCAAGUUUUAAUAUUGUAGAAGUCAUUGUUGUCCAUACUGAGAAUUUAAAAAUAAAAGGGAGGGGGGAUAAAUCAUAAGAAGGAGAACAUAUUUACAUGUAAUAUCAGACUUUAAAUGUCAAAGCAGCUGCCUUUCUGUUUUACACCAGGUUGGAAAAAGAGCUGGUUUGACUGAGCACGUAUGACGGGUACAUCAUCACUGGUUUAUAGUCAUAUGGAAAUCCAUUUUUGAUUAGUCGAUUGACGUUAAAUGAUGAGCUUAUGAGUGCAAAUCAAAAUAUUCACCUGUGAAUGGCGGCGCGGUCGUGUUUUAUUCUGACACA